ACUGAUAAUGCGGCUUCCGUGGAAAUAAAGUAUUUCUCACAGUGAUAGCAGCAACCGAUAGGAAAUCCGACCACAAUGUGCAUCACUAGCCACAGCAAUAGUAAACAGCAGUACACAAAGGAAACCAUUUGCCGGUAGAGAUGUCUGCAGUUACGGAUAUUCCCGUGCACCUGCCCAAGCUGCUGGCACUGUUCAAGACGGUGGUGCCCAAGCUGGUGAACAACAAGCACAAGGGACAGUACGGACGCAUUGGAGUGAUCGGUGGGUCGCUGGAGUACACCGGAGCGCCCUACUUCGCGGCCAUUUCCUCGAUAAGAGUGGGCGCUGACCUGGCGCAUGUGUUCUGCCAUUCGAAUGCGUCGGCCAUUAUCAAGUCCUACAGUCCCGAUCUUAUCGUGCAUCCAGUGCUGGACUGUGUGGAUGCAGUGGAGAAAAUAACGCCCUGGUUGGAGCGACUCCACGUCGUUGUUAUUGGACCUGGCCUGGGUCGGGAGCCGGGCAUCCUGAAAACGGCAUCCAACGUACUCAAGCUGUGCAUGGACACCAAGAAACCAGUUGUCAUAGACGCCGAUGGACUGUUUCUGCUCAACGACAAUCUGAAUCUGAUCUGUGGACAGCCGAAUGUCAUACUCACGCCAAAUGUCAUGGAGUUCCAGAGACUGUUUGGCGAGGAUGACCAGGCGGCGCGCCAGAAAAUGUCCCUACUGGGAGCCGGAGUUACUGUCCUAGAAAAGGGCGCCAACGACAGGAUCUACAUCCCGCACUGCAACGAAGUUCACUCAAUGCCCACCGGCGGAUCCGGUCGCAGGUGCGGUGGCCAAGGUGACCUGCUCUCCGGAUCCUUGGCCACCUUCUUCUCUUGGUCACUGCAGUCGGGUGAACCCAAUCCCGCCCUGAUAGCUGCAUGUGCCUCUAGUUACUUUGUGAAGAAGUUAAACGCGGUUGCAUUUCAAAAGUUUGGCCGCAGCCUGCUGGCCAGUGACAUGGUCAAUCAAAUACCCAGCGUAUUUCAGACGGAGUUCGAAAACAGCGAUCCUCAAUAGGCUUUUACUGCUGACUCGAACUCGGACUUUGAACUAAGCCAAGCUGUUUGUACUUUAAAAUGGGGCGACCAUUAACCGAAUUUUCAAUUAUCGUGGAAUUUUUAAUGUCUUUAAAAGAGAACGUAUUGGAAUGGAUGGAAAUUAGUAAAAA